AUGUCUUAUGAAGGAGGGCCGGCCAGUCGUUCCAUGGGAACCGGAUGGCUGAUCACUCCUGACCUUCUGGUAACGGCGGGACACUGUGUCUACGACCACAAAAACCAAGAACGGGAAGGCUAUGGCCGCGUGAAUGUUAUGAAGUGCCACAUUGGCUACAAUGGUCGUGACUCAUUGAAUACUCCUGAUGUACAGACUCGCACCGCAAGAAGAAUCGUCACAACCGGGGAAUGGGUCGAUUCUGGCAACAACCGCCACAAGGAUGUGGCAUUCGUCCAACUUGAUAGGCCUUUCACUGGCAACCUGCGUCUGUUCAACUACAAAGCAACUCCCAUCAAGGGAUAUGAGAUGAUUGGUGUCGUCGGAUACCCUGGGGAUAGGACCCUCUCCGACAAAGAUGGUAUGGACGAGCAGGGCGCCCAAAUGUACGAGCUAUUCGGAGCAAUCAUGUAUAACCGCAAUGAGAACGUCUUACAGAUGCUGCAGUACAAGCUUUCAACCUUUGGUGGCCAGUCUGGAGCUCCCGUCAUUCGCAAGAAGACACCAAACGUGUCCAUUGCUGCUCACUGCUACGGAGGAGAGGAGAAGAACUCUGCCAGUCCCAUUGGAGCUAAUGGCAACGACUACGAUGCCUACCUCAAGGUCUUCUCGUCUUCCUAUCCAACAGUUGUGACCGUACGUGGGAUCGGCUUUGUCCAACUUCCUGUCCCGAUUCAACCUGUUGUUCCAUACCAGCCCUUGGUUCCGACCCAGCCUCUCAUUCCUGUGGAGCCCAUCGCGCAGUCUCAACCUAUGGUCCAGUCACAGCCUGUUACUCAAACUCAAGCUGCCCCAAACCCACCUGUUGUCUCGAUCUACCAGGACAGCAUGGUCGAGGAAAACUUCGUUGAGCUUGUCAAGGCCGUGUCCCGAGUUACAAAGAGAGAAAUGUUGGAUCUCUCUCCCUUCCUCGGCCCACUGGGCGGACCCCUCUCUGCUCUGGCUGGUGCUGCUCUAGAAGCUAUCGCGAAACUCGGAGGCCCCGAAUCGAUGAUGAAUCUGCAGAAGGCGACACAGGGUGCGACAGAGCGGGCUAUUCUAGCUGAAGCAACUCUACAAUCUGUCCUGCAGAUCACCGACCACGAGCUGUCAGAAAAGCUCAUGAGUGACAUGCGAGUCACCUAUUUCCAGCUGGCGCCUCAUGUCACCAACAUGGUACCAAAGUUGUUCCCUGCUCUGAGGGACUGCGCGUUGCGCCUUGCCGUGAACCAGGACUAUUUAAGAAAGAGCGAAAACGUCCGUCUUGGUAACCCCCAGGCCUUGUUUAGUGGUCUGGACUCCUUUGACCCCUCUCGCCCUGCUUUUGUGAACGGCCUCUUUGGUCCAACCCGACCAGUCUUGGCCACAGAAGGUCUCUUCAGCAAAAUAGGAGACGUCCUUGAUCAAGCUGUGAACAAAGUGGCUGAUACCUUCAAUAUUCAGGAGCCGCCUGCUCUGAAGCUGAUCAACGAUGCACUUUCAUCUAUCAGAAUCGAAAGCAUGGAAUCUUCCCAGCCUACCGAGAGAGAAGACCUUGCCGCGACCAAGUUAAUUACACAGCGCGCUAUAAUGGCAGAGGCAGCUCUUCGCGCGGUCAUGAAGCUCGAGCAGCGCGACCUUCCCCAGCCUUCUCGAAUCGAGUCCCAUGAUGCCGAGGGUUUCGGUUUCUUCGACGUGAUCAAGUCUCAAGUACAGGUCAUGAGCAAAGAUGUUCUCAAAUACGCCCCCAGCGUCAUCAAUGCCCUUGCCCCCACUGUGAUGGGUCUUUUGAGCCAGACAAAUUCUGCUUCCGAAUCAGCUCUAGCUGUCCCGAGCCAAGGCCUGAGAAGAAGACGAUCUUUCGCGGAUAUUGCUGACCAGUCCAACGGAUCCUCCACUCCAACGCCGAAUGGCAAUACCGAUAGCACUUCCACGAACGGCUACACAAACGAUACUUCCCUGAACCACUAUUCCAACGGGAUAUCCACGAGCUAUACAAAUGGAACACCCUUACAGGUCAGUGCACUCCAGCGACAGGAUCUUCUUGAACGUCCUUCACCCAUGUACACCCCCGAUCCCUUUGAGUUCCUAGCCCCGAACAAGGAUGGUCUCAUCUUUACGGGUCCGCCCCUACACUAA